CCUAAACCCUCGCCCCUAACGACUAACGUUCCAAUUUGUGUUCUUCCGCCAACAUCACCUCCUCUGUGCAUUUCUCUCCUCGUGGGAACGAUGGGAAUCUUCGAGCCAUACAGAGCAAUCGGAUACAUAACCGCCGGCGUCCCCUUCUCCGUCCAGCGGCUCGGCACCGAGACCUUCGUCACCGUCAGCGUCGGCAAGGCUUUUCAAGUGUACAAUUGCGCGAAGCUGAGCUUGGUGCUUGUUGGUCCCCAAUUGCCAAAGAAAAUACGGGCUCUCGCAUCCUAUCGAGAAUACACUUUUGCUGCUUAUGGACAUGACAUUGGCGUAUUUAAGCGUGCUCACCAGGUAGCAACUUGGAGCAGGCAUACUGCUAAGGUUUGUUUGCUGCUGUUGUUUGGAGAACACAUAUUGAGUGUAGAUGUUGAUGGCAAUGUGUACAUAUGGGCGUUCAAAGGAAUGAAUGAGAACCUUUCACCAGUGGGACACAUCUUGUUGGAUAGCAAUUUUAGUCCUAGCUGUAUAAUGCAUCCAGAUACUUACUUAAACAAGGUUAUUCUAGGAUGCCAGGAAGGGCCUCUGCAGCUUUGGAACUUAAGUACUAAGACAAAGCUCUUUGAGUUCAAGGGGUGGAACUCAUCUAUUAGCAGUUGUGUUUCAUCACCUGCUUUAGAUGUUGUUGCAGUUGGCUGUGCUGAUGGCAAGAUUCACAUUCACAAUAUCCGCUAUGAUGAAGAAUUGGUUACAUUUUCACAUUCGAUGAGAGGUUCCGUGACUGCCUUAUCUUUCAGCACAGAUGGGCAGCCUCUUCUAGCUUCUGGUAGUUCAUCUGGUGUUGUCAGCAUAUGGAAUCUCGAGAAAAGAAGGCUCCAGUCGGUCAUUAGAGAUGCUCAUGACGGUUCAAUAAUUUCUCUCCACUUCUUUGCCAAUGAGCCUGUGCUAAUGAGUUCAUCUACAGAUAACUCGAUUAAGAUGUGGAUUUUCGACACAAGUGACGGAGAUCCUCGUCUAUUACGCUUUCGGAGUGGUCAUAGUGCUCCUCCACUUUGCAUAAGGUUCUACGCUAAUGGUAGGCAUAUACUAUCGGCUGGUCAGGAUCGUGCCUUCCGGCUUUUCUCGGUUGUCCAGGAUCAGCAAAGUCGAGAGCUAUCUCAGCGUCAUGUAUCCAAGCGAGCAAAAAAACUGAAGUUAAAGGAAGAAGAGAUAAAGCUGAAGCCUGUUAUAGCAUUUGAUGUUGCUGAAAUUAGGGAGCGGGACUGGUGCAAUGUGGUGACAAGUCAUAUGGAUACUCUGCAGGCAUAUGUAUGGAGACUUCAAAAUUUUGUCAUAGGCGAGCAUAUUCUGAGACCAUGCCCUGACAACCCCACACCUGUUAAGGCUUGCACGAUUAGUGCAUGUGGAAAUUUUGCCAUUUUGGGAACAGCAGGUGGUUGGAUUGAGCGAUUCAACCUUCAAUCAGGAAUAAGUCGAGGAAGUUACAUAGACCAGUUAGAAGAAACAAACCGUGCCCAUGAUGGUGCAGUGGUUGGAGUGGCUUGUGAUUCCACAAAUACUCUCAUGAUAAGUGCUGGUUAUGCUGGGGACAUUAAGGUCUGGGAUUUCAAAGGACGUGAAUUGAAAUCUAGAUGGGAAAUUGGCUCUUCUUUGGUAAAAAUUUCUUACCAUCGUUUGAAUGGUCUUUUGGCUACGGCUGCAGAUGAUUUUGUUAUUCGUCUUUUUGAUGUUGUCGCCUUGAGAAUGGUCCGAAAGUUUGAAGGUCAUUCAGAUCGAAUUACAGAUUUGUGCUUUAGCGACGAUGGGAAAUGGCUCUUGUCUUCCAGUAUGGAUGGCAGUCUAAGGAUUUGGGAUAUUAUUUUAGCUAGACAAGUUGAUGCAGUAUAUGUCGAUGUCUCCAUCACAGCAUUAUCUCUGUCGCCAAAUAUGGAUAUUUUAGCCACGACACAUGUUGAUCAAAAUGGGGUCUAUCUCUGGGUUAACCAAUCAAUGUUUUCUGGAGAUUCUGACAUCAAUUUGUAUGCAAGUGGGAAAGAAGUUGUGACCGUUAAGUUGCCAUCAGUAUCAUCAGGGGAAGGUUCUGAAGCUGAAGAAUCUAAUGAACCUGCUAUUAGACAUUCAGAGUCUAAAGAUGUCCCUUCCUUCCUGCCUUUGCUUGAGCAAAUUCCAGAUCUAGUUACCCUCUCCCUAUUGCCAAAGAGCCAGUGGCAGAGCUUGAUUAAUCUAGACAUUAUAAAGGUUCGCAAUAAGCCAGUUGAGCCACCCAAGAAACCUGAGAAAGCUCCCUUCUUUUUGCCCUCUAUUCCAUCUCUUUCUGGAGAAAUACUAUUUAAGCCAAGUGAGACUUCUGCUGAGGGAGACAGGAAAGCUAAUGAAGACAAAUCUAAGAUAACACCUGAAGUGCCGUCAUCGCAGUUUCUGCGACUUCUUCAUUCAUGUUCAGAGGCCAAAAACUUUUCUCCUUUUACCGCCUACAUCAAAGGGUUAUCUCCCUCAACUUUGGAUUUGGAACUUCGGAUGCUUCAGAUAAUAGAUGACAAUGACGCAGAUGAUGAUGAUCUACAAGAUGUUGACGAGAGACAAGAGUUGCUUUCAAUUGAAUUACUUAUGGAUUACUUUAUACAUGAAAUAUCUUGCAGGAGUAAUUUUGAGUUUGUACAAGCUCUAGUCAGGUUGUUUUUGAAGAUACAUGGGGAGACAAUUAGACGCCAGUCAGUAUUGCAGAAUAAAGCGAAGGUCCUUUUGGAGACUCAAUGCUCUGUAUGGCAGGGAGUGGAUAAGUUAUUUCAAGGUGCUAGAUGCAUGCUUGCUUUUCUUAGCAACUCACAGUUUUAGUUACUUUUAUGUACAUUAUAGCAAGGGGAAGAUGUAGAUGGAAAAAAGUAGCUGGAUCUACACUGAGGCGUGAGUGGUGAGUUUAAAUGUUGGACGAGUUCCUCUUAGAGCUAUAAAUUUGCUCAUUCUUUAACUGAGCAAUCAUCCUGUAUCACUUCUUUCAGAAAAUUUUAAAGGAAACCUUUUCUUGAGCC